UACGAAGCGUCAUUAAAUGUGACACGUGACUACUGUGUGCUAUUUUAACUCAAUAUCUCCGACGGAGAACCAAAUUCUAUUGUUAUAUGUAUAACAAUCGCGACGAUCAUUAGUUUGUCAAGUUUGGAUAACCCUUCCUGACCUAAAUUUGAAUAACACGACAUGAUUCAUCUGUCUGGUAUCACAUUUUCCUUCAAGACGCGGGGACGGAGGACCGCAAACUACAUAGUAGGAAUAUCCAUUAAGUACAUUGAUUAAUAUACACUUUAAAAACACAAUAAAACGUAUAUAUAAUAUUUAGAUUGGAUAUUUAGAUGAUGCCAGUUGACGUGGAUUUUUUUUGUGAUGACUGAUUUAAAAAAAAUGAGUGAUAAAUUUCCUGACGUGAACAUUAAAGUGAAUGCAACAUACACCACGUGACUCAAAUUCAGGAAGCGAAUCCAGUGUCAACACUUACGAUGGCUUCCUCCGACUGGCAUCUGUCCCUGAAGCUGCUGGAUCAUCCCAAAUCUACCUUCCACUUCCCGGAGAUGAUGCCCGGGGACGUGGCCCCGGGAGGUUACAGAGUCGCCACCCUAAAGCAGCUUGUGGCCGCUCACCUCCCAGACUCCAUACCCGACCCCGACCUCAUAGAAUUGGUCCAUUGUGGGCGUAAACUGAAGGACGACUUCACGCUGGAUGCCUGCGGGAUUCAACCGGGCUCUACCUUGCAUGUACUGAAAAAGACAUGGCCAGAACCUGAGAGCAUUGCAGAACCUGUGAACAGAGCCACUGCAGCCAGGGAGUUCCGAAUGCUCCACGCUGCCCUGCACUCGCUGCACUCCACUUACAGAGACUCAGUGUACAAAAUGCUGACCAACAAGGAGUCUCUGGAUCAGAUCAUUGUGGCCACACCGGGACUCAGGUCCGACCCGGUGGCUCUAGGCAUUCUGCAAGACAAAGAUCUCUUCGUGCAGUUCACCGACCCCAACUUGUUGGACACACUUAUCAGCGCUCACCCGGCACUGGUCAACGCCAUCAUCCUGGUGCUGCACUCCGUGGCAGGAAGCACGCCGGUGCAGUCCGCCGCCGCCGGCUCCUCCGCCUCCUCUUCCCGCAACGUCUCAGCCAGCUCCUACAGUGACAUGCCCGGUGGCUUUAUGUUCGAGGGCAUGUCCGACGACGACGAAGACUUCCAAUCUCAGGGCAGCCCGACGGGCCCUUCGAGCAGAGCGGGGGCCUCGGUGGGCAUGCGGCCGCUCUCUCUGAACCACAGCGGCGCCACCGGCCCUCGACCGAUCACCCAGAGCGAGCUAGCCACGGCGCUAGCUUUAGCUAGCACGCCCGAAAGCAGCGCAGUGACCCCAACCACAGCCAGCCAGGCCGAGCCCUCGGGCGGCGGCCCCCCCAUGCCAGCGGGGACCCCCGUCAGCAACGACCUGUUCAGCCAGGCGCUGCAGCAAGCCCUCCAAGCCACCAACAUGUCCGCCCUGCAGGGUCGCUGGCAGUCGCAGAUGCAGCAGCUCCGGGACAUGGGCAUCCAAGAUGAAGAGUUGAUGCUCCGAGCGCUGCAGGCCACCGACGGGGACAUCCAGGCCGCUUUGGAACUCAUCUUCGCUGGGGGACCGGGACUGUGAACGCGGACCUGGACUCAGAGCCUCCACAUAAACGAUAAACGUUCGUUUUGUCAUGACAUUUACUGUUAUAAUAUUCUCGUGCUUUGUGUCGUUCACUACAUUUAUAAUAAAUAGUAAUGUGGAUGUUUU